UACACUUCCACAAUUCCACAGGCAAUAUUAUAUAUUCUGAAAUUAAUGAUUUAUUUAAUAUUACAGCCAGACUAAGUGGACUGUCUUGUCCUCCAAAUCACAUGAGCAUUUUGAAGCGAGUGGAAAAAGUCAAAACAGUAAUGUGUUUGUGUUAUAUUAUAGUGGUAUGGGAAUUUUUCCAUAUGGUGCUGAAGAUGAAAGUGGAAAUGGAAAUUAGCAUAUGAAAUGGGCAAAUUACAUUGCUCACUUCUCAAAAUAGCCAUUUAUAGUGUGAACUUUUAGUUUUGUUAUGGGCAACACAAAGAAAUCAAUAUAGUGUAAGAAGGCAAGGUAAACAACUCGAGUGACACAAAUUCAGUUGACCUCAGUCGUUAAGUCAUAGGUAUGCCACCACACAGCAGCCACUGAAUAUUGUAUUUGACCUAGAAGGCUACCUGUAUAUGAAACCUGCAGCAUAUAUACAGUCUACUGACAGAGAGAAUUAGGAGACAUAUGUUAUUAUCACUAUAAUGAGAUUGGCUUGACAUGAUUCAAGCAGUACAUAUACACUUGGCUGAGAUGUAAUUUCAGUCAUUAAGAACAGAGAGGUGCUUAGUUUCACUUCCACGUGAGCAAGCUGCCAAUAUGGCCACUGCCAUUGAGCCGGAUUUAGGGGACAGGACUCCGUCAGAGGACCAGCAUAUCAUUCCACAAGGUGUACAGGCUCCUGAUGUGACAUUUGGAACAUUUGUGAAUACUUUUGAUAAUGAUCUGGAGUUUUCUCAAGUGAUACGUGAUGUGGAGUUUGCCAUUGAAGAAGGAGUUUUGCCUGAGUUAAUAACGAGUGGCUCGAGUGGCAGUUAUUUCAUCAAGGAUCGCACUGGUAAAAUACUUGGUGUCUUCAAACCCAAAGAUGAAGAGCCGUAUGGCAAACUGAACCCUAAGUGGACCAAAUGGAUGCACAAGCUGUGCUGCCCAUGUUGUUUCGGCCGGAGCUGUCUGGUCCCCAACCAGGGCUAUCUCUCAGAGGCUGGUGCUAGCAUUGUGGACCAAAAGUUACAGUUGAAUGUGGUGCCUAAAACAAAGGUGGUUCGCCUUGCCAGUGAAACCUUCAAUUACAGUGCAAUAGACAGGGCAAAGUCGAGGACAAAAAGAAACAUACAGGAAAGGUUUCCAGAACUUGGCAGACAUUUUCACAGAAUUGGCUUACCUCCAAAAAGUGGAUCAUUCCAGUUGUUUGUAGAGAAUUAUAAAGAUGCAGAUUUCUGGUUACGAAGGUUUGACAAUGAAGCAUUACCAGAGUCAACAGCAAAAAGUUUCCAACUUCAGUUUGAAAAAUUAGUGGUUUUGGAUUAUAUCAUAAGAAAUACAGACCGUGGCAAUGAUAAUUGGUUAAUUAAAUAUGAGAAAUCUGAAGUAGACGAGUCUUCAGGAGGGGAUGAGGAUGAUGCGGAUGAUGAGGAUGAUGAUGAUGAUGAUGAGAUGGACUGGGGCAUGGUAAAGCCCCCGUCUAUCCAGGUGAAAGCCAUAGACAAUGGUCUGGCAUUUCCCUAUAAACAUCCAGACAGCUGGAGGGCAUACCCUUACCAUUGGGCAUGGUUGCCUAUGGCCAAAAAGCCAUUUUCAGAAGAACUCAAAAGUUUAGUGCUUCCUCAGUUGUCUGAUAUGACCUUUGUAGAAGAUCUUUGUGAUGAAUUGUACCUUCUCUUUAAGACUGAUAAGGGUUUUGACAAAAGGACAUUUGAAAAGCAGAUGUCUGUGAUGAGAGGACAGAUUUUAAACCUAAGCCAAGCCCUUAGAGAUGGGAAGUCUCCGGUUCAGUUGGUCCAAAUGCCCGUGGUCACAGUGGAGAGGAGUAAGAGUGGUUAUGGCCCUGGUAGGCCAAGGACAGCUAGUGGAGAGACAUUUAUACAGAGGUUCUCAAAACGAGCGCCAUUCUUUUCUUGGUGUUAGUUGAUAACAACAGCUUUAGAUGGAGAGACCGAAAACUUUUGUGAUACUAAAAUACAGACUAGCAUGUACAGUAACUCUUCAUUUUGUUAACCGUUUCCCAGACUAUAAGCCAGCAAUUUCAAGGCGGGUUGUUUUUCUGGAAAAGUGGUCCCCUUUUCAGGCAUAACCAUCUAUACUGCCUAAGAAAUGACAUAUAACCUAUGUCAAAUUUUCGUUCAGAGCGAACCUUUUUUGGAGGGGCCAAAAAAAAAAAAAAAAA